GUGUGUUUAAACGCAUGAGCCCAGAGGGCGCUCUAUCCUGUCACGUCACAUCACAUUUGCAGGCGGAAACUUUGCACAGUUGAAAACUUUGCAAGAACAGCGACCAGAGAGGAAAGGGGAUAUAGUUUAAAAAGGUCAUGUCGUCCAUAAAAGUUGAAUGUGUUAUCAAAGAACAGAAUGAAAUCGGUGAGAGUCCAGUCUGGGAGGAGAAGGACUCCACUUUGUUGUACGUUGAUAUUACGGGUAAAAGGGUCAGCCGGUGGAACUCACUGACCAAUCAAAUAGACAGUAUUGCCACAGAGAAACUUGUUGGCUCUGUGGUUCCACGGCAGGCAGGUGGUUACGUCAUCGCAGAGGGAACUCGGUUUGCAUUUGUUGACUGGGUAAAGCGUUCAGUUACACCUGUCGCCAAUGUUGAUGACAGGGAAAAGCCAAACACCCGCUUCAAUGAUGGAAAAGUAGAUCCAGCUGGCAGGUUUUUUGCAGGUACCAUGGGUUUGGACAUGAAGCCUGAUGUGACGGAUGGGGCGCUGUACACCCUCCUUCCUGACCACUCUGUUGUCCAGCAUUUUGACCAAGUGCACCUCUCCAAUGGUUUGGACUGGUCACUGGAUCACCGCAUCUUCUACUACAUUGACAGCCUGGCGUUUAUGGUGGAGGCGUUUGAUUAUGACAUCCAGACUGGAGGGCUGUCUAACCGCAGAACAGUUUACAACAUGGAGAAAGAUGAAGGCAUACCAGACGGUAUGUGCAUAGACACUGAGGGCAAACUGUGGGUUGCCUGCUACAAUGCAGGAAGAGUGCUGCGUAUCGACCCACAAACAGGCAAACGGCUGCAGACAGUCAAACUACCAGCUGAGAAAACCACUUCAUGCUGUUUCGGAGGGAAAGACUACAGUGAUCUCUACGUCACCUCAGCGUAUGCAGGCAUGGAUGCAGAUUCACUGGCCAAGCAUCCUGAAGCUGGCUGCACAUUUAAGGUGUCUGGUUUAGGAGUGAAGGGCAUCCCACCAUUCUCUUACACUGGAUGAAAACCAAGGAAAAAUUAUUGUUAUUAAAAGCGUCAUGAUCAUUUUGCAGUCAUGAUACAACAAUAGUGCUCUAAUCAUGCAGUCAGAGUAUCGGUGCUACUCACACCUCAUAUAAUAUUAGAAAAUCUUACCUCAAUUCAGAUGAUUUCCAUAAUAUUAGUCAUUUCUAAUAUUAGACACAAUUAUUAGACAAGCAUUUUGUCUACAUGACUAAAAUCAAAGAUGUAAUUGUAUGUGGAAUAAUAUGCGUUUUAAUUUAAUUAAAUUUCUAUUAACUAC